CGCCAAACAUUCCUGCGCGCCUGCCCGCCUUUGGCAGGGGGGUCCCGGGCGGAGACUAGGACGUGGCUUGCGUGCGUGCGUGAGUGAGUGAGUGCGCGUGCGCGUAGGCAUUGGACGAGGUGGCCGGGUCCACGUGCGGCGCUGCCCGGGACCCUGUGGACCCCUGCUGCUUGCAUGACCCAGGCGGCUGCAUGACCCCCGACACCCUGGCGCCGGCGCCCAGCCCGGAGCGGCCCGAUCGGGCUCCCUAAGUCCCGCUGCGUCCGCUGCAGCCGCGCAUUGCCAUGGUGACUGUGGGCAACUACUGCGAGGCCGAAGGGCCCUUAGCCCCGGCCUGGGCCCAAGGCGGCCUGACCCCUUGCUUCUUCUUCACCCUCGUGCCCUCGGCUCUGCUCGCCCUGGCAGCCCUGGCCUUGGUGCUGGCCCUGCCCUGCAAGCGUGGCCGAGAACGCCUGGGAGGCACGGACGCGCUGACUUGGGGAGCUGGCCCGCGCUUCGCUCCCUACGUGCUGCAGUUGCUGCUGGCCACGCUGCAGACAGUGCUGCCCCUUGCCAUCUUGGCUGGGCGCUUGGGCACCGCCCGGGGAGCCCCGCUGCCGGGCUACGUCCUGCAGGCCUCCGUGCUGGAGACGCUGGCCAGCUCCUGCGGCCUAGGGCUGCUCGUGGUGGACCGGAGACAGGCGCGACAGAAGCUCGCCAUGGGCGUCUGGAUCAAGUUCAGGCACAACCCCGGUUUGCUGCUUCUCUGGACGGUGGCGUUUGCAGCCGAGAACUUGGCUUUGGUGUCUUGGAACAGUCCUCAGUGGUGGUGGGCAAGGAGGGACCUGGGCCAGCAGGUUCGGUUUAGCCUAUGGGUGCUGCGGUAUGUUGUCUCUGGAGGACUAUUCGUCCUGGGGCUCUGGGCCCCUGGGCUUCGCCCCCAGUCCUACACUUUGCGAGUCAAUGAAGAGGAUCAGGAUGCAGAGAGGAUCCAGGUUCCCUCCACAGACAGGGCAGGUCCUUCCACCUGGCGUGACCUGGGCAAGAAGCUCAGCCUGCUGAGCGGUUACCUGUGGCCCCGGGGAAGCCCAGCUCUGCAGCUUGUUGUGGUCAUCUGCCUGGGGCUCAUGGGGCUGGACCGGGGACUCAACGUGUUGGUGCCCAUCUUCUACAGGGACAUAGUGAACCAGCUCACCGAGAAAGCCCCAUGGCAUACCCUGGCCUGGACCGUCAGUACAUAUGUCUUCCUCAAGUUCCUACAAGGCGGUGGCACGGGCAGUACAGGCUUUGUGAGCAACCUGCGGACGUUCCUGUGGAUUCGGGUGCAACAGUACACAUCGCGCCGGGUGGAGCUGCGCCUCUUCUCACACCUACACGAGCUCUCGCUGCGCUGGCACCUAGGGCGCCGCACCGGAGAGGUGCUGCGCAUUGUGGACCGAGGCACAUCCAGUGUCACGGGACUGCUCAGCUACCUGGUGUUCAAUGUUCUCCCCACGCUAGCCGACAUUAUCAUUGGCAUCAUCUACUUCAGCAUGUUCUUCAAUGCCUGGUUUGGCCUCAUCGUGUUCCUCUGCAUGAGCCUUUACCUUGUGCUGACCAUCGUGGUCACGGAGUGGAGAACCAAGUUCCGGCGUGCAAUGAACACGCAGGAGAAUGUCACACGAGCCCGAGCCGUGGACUCUCUGCUAAACUUCGAGACGGUGAAGUACUACAAUGCAGAGGGCUAUGAAGUAGAUCGCUACCGAGAGGCCAUCAUCAAAUACCAGGAUCUGGAGUGGAAGUCUAGCGCAUCCCUGGUUUUGCUAAAUCAGACCCAGAACCUGGUGAUUGGUCUGGGGCUCCUGGCUGGCUCCCUACUCUGUGCCUACUUUGUCAGUGAGCAGAAGCUGCAGGUUGGGGACUUUGUGCUCUUUGGCACCUACAUCAUCCAGCUCUAUAUGCCCCUCAACUGGUUUGGCACCUACUACAGGAUGAUCCAGACCAACUUCAUUGACAUGGAGAAUAUGUUCGACCUGCUCAAGGAGGAGACAGAAGUGAAGGACCUUCCUGGGGCAGGCCCGCUGCACUUCCAGAGUGGCCGGAUUGAGUUUGAGAAUGUGCAUUUUAGCUAUAAGGAUGGGCGGGAGACGCUCCGGGACGUGUCCUUCACUGUGAUGCCAGGACAGACGCUGGCCCUGGUGGGCCCCUCAGGAGCUGGGAAGAGCACAGUCCUUCGUCUGCUCUUUCGCUUCUAUGACAUAAGUGCUGGCUGCAUCCGGGUUGAUGGGCAGGACAUUUCACAGGUGACGCAGAUGUCUCUCAGAUCUCAUAUCGGCGUCGUGCCUCAGGACACUGUCCUCUUCAAUGACACCAUCGCUGACAAUAUCCGCUAUGGCCGUGUCAGCGCUGGGGACGCCGAGGUAGAGGCAGCUGCUCGGGCCGCAGGCAUCCACGACGCCAUCCUAGCUUUCCCUGAUGGAUAUAAGACACAGGUGGGUGAGCGGGGACUGAAGCUGAGUGGGGGAGAGAAGCAGCGUGUGGCCAUUGCACGCACCAUCCUCAAGGCCCCGGACAUCAUCCUGCUGGACGAGGCGACAUCAGCGCUGGACACCUCUAACGAGAGGGCCAUCCAAGCUUCUCUGGCCAAAGUCUGCGCCAAUCGCACCACCAUUGUGGUGGCACACAGGCUCUCCACUGUGAUCCACGCGGACCAGAUCCUGGUCAUCAGAGACGGCUGCAUCGUGGAGCGAGGCCGACACGAGGCCCUACUGUCACAAGGAGGCUUGUAUGCGGAAAUGUGGCAGCUGCAGCAGCAGGGGCAAGAAGAUACCUCCGAAGACCCCCAGACCCAGACCCAGGAAACGUGACAUAAGUGGAGCUGCUUCCCUUGGGGGAGGGGGCCAAGCUGGGAGGUGGGUGUACCUGUUACCUCAGCUGGUGGUGCUAAUGAGACCAUUCAGGAAACACUCAGAUAAGUAAAUAAAAGCUUGGACUGACGGUCA